ACAUUCUUCUCCUCGGGUCAAUUCCCCACCGGUUUCUGCAAUUCAGCGACCCGCCAAAACCCUAACAGUAGAUGAAUCUCAAAUUCAAACCCUAUCUCAAUUCAAUAUGAUCGCUUACAUUUCCUAUGCUGACCCACCUUCCAUGGCCGCCUUUACCACCAGCUCCACUUUCUCACCUCCUCCGUCCGGCGGCGGCGGCGGCACUGAUGACUUCAAUUAUGAUGCCGCUUGGUACGGUAACAUCCAGUACCUGCUUAAUAUCUCUGCCGUCGGAGCCUUCACUUGCCUUCUAAUUUUCGUCUUCGUGAAGCUUCGAAGCGAUCACCGUCGCAUGCCCGGUCCCACCGCCAUCGCCUCUAAGCUUCUCGCCGCCUGGCAUGCCACUGGCCGUGAAAUCGCCCGCCACUGCGGUGCUGACGCCGCCCAAUUUCUCCUUAUUGAAGGCGGCAGCUCGGCGCUGCUAUUAUUCCUUGCCUUCCUUGCCCUUGCUGUAAUGCUGCCGUUGAAUAUUCAUGCUGGAAAGGCUCCUAUGGCUGAUCAGUUUUCAAAGACUACAAUAAAUCAUAUAGAAAAAGGUUCUCCUUUACUCUGGAUUCACUUUAUCUUUGUUGUUAUUGUUGUUGUUUUGGUACAUUAUGGUAUUAGUGAAAUACAAGAAAGGUUGAAAAUUACUAGGCUUAGAGAUGGCUAUGGAAAUCCAAGUGGGCCUGUUACAAAUAGUAGUACAAUUUUUACAAUUAUGGUGCAGGGAGUACCUAAAACCUUAGGUUUUGAUAAGACACCAUUGGUGGAUUAUUUUCAGCAUAAGUAUCCGGGCAAGGUGUAUAGAGUAGUUGUGCCCAUGGAUUUGUGUGCGUUAGAUGAUUUAGCGACAGAGUUGGUGAAGGUUCGGGAAGAUAUCUCCAAAUUAGUGUCAAGGAUUGAGUCACGGGGUUAUUUGAAUGAGGAGGAAGAGGAUGAUAAUGAUAGUGUGAAUGGAUGGGGUUUGUUUGAGCGACUGCGCUUUCUGUGGAGAAAGGCCAAGGAUAUUUGGUAUCGUGUUGUUGAUCAAUUGGGUUUCUCAGAUGAAGAGAGGUUGAGAAAAUUGCAAGAGCUGAGAGCUGAUUUGGAGAUGGAAAUGGCAUCUUAUAAAGAAGGGCGGGCAAGAGGUGCUGGUGUAGCUUUUGUUGUGUUUAAGGAUGUCUUUACAGCUAAUAAGGCUGUCCAGGAUCUCCGAAAUGAGAAGAGGAGGCGAUAUGGUCGGUUCUUUUCAGUCGUGGAGUUGCAACUACAGAGGAACCAGUGGAAAGUAGAAAGAGCUCCUUUAGCUACUGACAUAUAUUGGAACCACCUGGGAUCGACAAAGUUCUCUUUAAGGUUACGCAGAGUGCUGGUGAACACAUGCCUACUGUUGAUGCUGUUGUUCUGCAGCUCUCCACUCGCUGUGAUUAGUGCCAUCCAAAGUGCAGGGCGAAUAAUCAAUGCUGAAGCAAUGGAUCAUGCUCAAAUGUGGCUGAACUGGGUGCAGGGCUCGAGCUGGCUGGCAACAAUAAUAUUUCAAUUUUUGCCCAAUGUUCUUAUUUUUGUGAGCAUGUAUAUUGUUAUCCCUUCAGUUCUUUCUUAUCUUUCAAAAUUUGAACGACAUCUUACUGUAUCUGGUGAGCAAAGGGCUGCACUACUGAAAAUGGUUUGCUUCUUUCUAGUAAAUCUCAUUCUCCUU